AUGGCUCCCCCUGGCUCUGGUUUUGGAUGGUGCAAAGUGGGGAGCAUGCGCAAGUGCCUCAUGGGAAAGAAGAAAAAAGAGGGCCAUGGCGAUUCGUACAUGUACGAGUAUCGCCGCAUCGGAUGGAAAAUCUCCACGUAUAUUUCGCAAUACUCGUAUAUAAGCGCAAGGGUGGCGACGAGUUCUUCUACACUCGCAAUCAUCGAUGCCGCCCGCUUGACGCCGGCAUCCCCGACUGCUGAUGCGGACGAACAGUUGCAUCUAGGCAACCUGAAGCUGCCACUACAGCCCAUUAGGGCAAUGCAAUUCUCGCCUUGCGGUUAUUUUAGUCGUGGCUCUGGCUCCUCGCCCCAGGAACAGACGGGGGUUUCUCUGAGGGUGCAGAGCCAAGACAAGCACGACAAGCAAUUUGCUGCAUUUUAUGGAGUCGGCGAUUUACCCCUUUGGCAAUUGAAGAGCAGAGUUCUCGAUGCCCGGCCUGUUAGAGGCCGUUCAUGGAGACUCAAAUGA